AUGAUGAUCAUUGCUGUGGCCUUUGCACAUUUAACUGUCUGCCCAUUUACAAAAGUGGAGGAGAGCUUUAAUCUGCAAGCAAUCCAUGACAUUGUGUACCACAGACUGGACUUGGAUAAGUAUGAUCACCAUGAAUUUCCUGGAGUUGUCCCAAGAACGUUCCUUGGACCAAUUUUUAUUGCUGCACUUUCCAGCCCAGCUAUAUAUGUACUGUCUAUGUUGCAAAUGUCCAAGUUUUACUCCCAGUUGAUAGUUAGAGCAAGCUUGGGGCUUACUGUGAUUUAUGCACUAUGGAAGUUACAGAAAGAAGUUAGAAAGCAGUUUGGAUCAACUGCAUCAACCAUCUUCUGUCUUAUAACUGUUACUCAGUUUCAUCUGAUGUUUUACUGCACUAGAACUCUUCCCAAUGUGUUUGCACUUCCUCUUGUUCUGCUGGCACUUAUGUUCUGGAUACAACAAAAACAUGGGCUCUUUAUCUGGUUCUCAGCAUUGGCAAUUAUUGUCUUCAGAUCAGAGCUCUGUAUAUUCUUAGGCCUCAUGCUUCUGGUGACAUUAUUAAGUAAAAGACUCUCUAUUUUGAAGAUGCUUUCCCAUGCUAUCCUAGCUGGAGUGUUUUGGUUGGGACUAACGAUUGCUGUGGACUCUGUUUUCUGGGGACAGCUUCUGUGGCCUGAAGGGAAAGUGCUUUGGUAUAAUACAAUUUUAAACAAAAGUUCCAGCUGGGGAACUUCCCCCUUCUUGUGGUACUUCUAUUCAGCCCUACCUCGUGCUUUGGGAUGUAGCGUUAUAUUUGUACCUCUAGGUGCAACCGACAAAAGGACUCGGGUAUUACUUUUGCCAACACUGGGUUUUAUUUUCUUGUAUUCAUUUCUCCCACACAAAGAGCUGCGGUUUAUCAUAUACACUUUCCCUGUCUUCAACAUUGUGGCUGCCAAAGGUUGCUCAAGAAUUCUGAAUAACUACAAGAAAUCCUGUCUUUAUAAACUAGGAUCUCUGUUUGUUAUAACACAUCUUCUAGUUAAUUGUGCUUAUUCAGGAGCAUCAUUAUAUGUUUCACAUUUCAACUACCCUGGAGGAGUAGCAAUACAGAAAUUACAUGAGUUUGUGCCUUCAACAGCAGAUGUCUCUGUUCAUAUUGAUGUGACUGCUGCACAAACUGGGGUUUCUCGAUUUUUAGAAAUCAACCCGAAUUGGAGAUAUGACAAAAGGGAAGAUGUUAAACCAGGGGACCAGCUGAUGUUCUCUUAUACACACAUACUGAUGGAAAUGGACCCUAUUCAAAUAUCACAUUACAAGACUACCCACAGGCCACUGGUGAACAUAUCUGGCAUUGGUAAAAUCGUGUUGAACCUUACAGCACUACCUCCUUUUACUUUAAAUUUAAAACCAAAAUUAACACUGUUGGAAAAACUCCAUUUCUCUUCUUGAUUGGAGAUUUUUAAAUGUCUUUUGACUUAACUGUUGAUGACUGAGUAACUUCCAAGACAACCUUGUUUUGCCAUUCUAGCAAUACUGUUCAGCAGCUGUGGGGAAAAAAAGAAAACAAUCUUUGUACUGGUUAGUAUUUGCCUCCAUUCUUUAUUUCUUAUAUAAAUAUUGCAGUGUUCCAACGCUGUAUGUAAAUCCCGUCCAAACCAUUGCUGAGCUAUGUUGUACCUAGCAUCUUCUUUGCAGCACAUGUAACAAGCUCAGCACUGUUAAAUACGUUCUGCACGUUUGGUUUGGAUAGUUGCUUGUUUCACUUUGAAAUGUGUAUAUGUUCUAAGUGAAUUGUAUGAAAUAGGUACGUGCUACUGAGGUAUUUUUUAUAUGCAAGUCCUCUGUGGUGGUUGGGGAUUUUCUGUAUAAAGAGUGAUUUCUUCCUUCCAAAGGAUUAAGUUGAAAUGAGAAGCUUUAAUAAUAUAAUUUUGUACUGCAGCAAAGCCAUAUUCAUUGUAGCUUAAUCACUAUCCAUAAUUGUGCCCUACAGGCUGGUGAACUAAUUAAAGUUAAAAAAUCCAUUUGAAGAGCAGUUGCACCUUUUGGCAAGCACCAUCUCUUAUCUGAGUUGAGUGUCACAGGAUGGUUCAUCAUCAUAUCUUCACUGUAGAAAUAAAUAAAAAGGGUAACUUGGCUUUUGGAGGAAAACAUUAGGCAUUCAAUUUUUUUUUUUAGUAGCCUCUUAUUUUCCAGUACAAGGAAACAGUCUUGACCUGUAAUAUACACAUUUAGCUGUAAAAUAUUCCUUUUAAUAAGCUUAAGAGAACAUCUUCUCAUUGUGAAGAAAUCAAAAAGGAAUUAAGUUGUCUGGGAAGACUGUGAAAGGUGAUGUUGCAGAUAGUAUUUCAGAGACAAAUGGACUGUAUUCUACAGAAAUGGUUAUUUGUCCUUACGCCUAGAGGUUAUGCGUUGACUGAUUCACUUUGCUUUCCUGACUGAGAUAUUUUGUUGUGUAAGCUCUUGAUCAAAAUCAACACUGAGUACUCAUUCUCCUUAAUUAAAAGAGUUUACUGAAGUAAACAACUUAAGCUAUGUGUUAGUUGAAACUGUGAAGUCUUGUUUUCUUAAAAGACUAGUUUUACUAUGGUAAGGAGCCCUGCAGUGAAAAGUCAGUGUUACCAGUAAGCACAAAAACUUAAUGGCAUUCCAGUCAUGAAGUCUGAUAACUGGAUAGUAGUCUUCCUUAUUUUCUAAAAACUUCAAAAGGUAAAAAUAAAUACAUUUUGUUGAAUAAAAAGCAGUGUUUUGUACAGGAGCCUACCUACGCAUGCAUAUAAAAAUGGCAAAGUUCCAUUUUUAAGAUUCUGCUUUCAAGUUUUCUUCUGUGCUUCAUAGUGUAUUUGAGGAACUAAUAAUACGGGAUGGAACCUGCCCCAGUCUGCCUGGGUGGUUGUGCAGGAAUCCCCACAAUGAGUUUUGGAAAGGCUGACCUGCAAAACUUGUUAGUUCAGUAUUUGGCUUUUCAAAAUUGCCAUUGGUAAGGCACCAUCUAUUUGAUUUCUCUUUCAAAGAAUACUAACUUCCUCCAGAGUGAUUUUGAGCAUUAAAUAAUUCUAGUAGGAAAGGAUAUGCAAAUACAAGUUUUCAAGAUGCAAAGGCAAUUUUUUUUGACCAAGGAUAAAUCCACUAAAGGAUUUAAGCACCUUUCCCCAGGGUAGAAUCCAAGGGCCUGAAUGAAGUGCUCCCUGUAUUUUAGGGAGAGUUGACUCAGAACAACCCAAAAAUGUGGUAUAUUAAGGAAUUUGCCUAGAACUAGCCCCUAGGGAAAACUGAGUGUCUGAAAUCCCACUCCUCUGGAGUUUAGGGACUUCAGUAUACUCAGGAGCCAGAGCCUGGAAUUUUUUCCUAAUGACAGGGAAGUUUUUUUAUUCCAUUUGAAAGAACUGAGCAGAGCUCACUUAAUACUUUUUAAAUGGGGUUGAAGAUGUUUUUGACCCAUGGAAUGGUGUAACACAGUGAGUCUCAAUCUUUUUUACUCAAGACACCCCUCAAAAAAUGCUAGCUCUUACAGCAGUUGCCCAGCAUUCCCUAUUCUCUACUCAGCUUAGAAGGGUGCACUGACCAGCAGACUAAAGGCUGGUUUAGGUGCACACUCUUGAAGCUGGGCGACUGGGCAGAAAGGAAUGCAAGAGAAUAUGAGGCAGAGCUAAAAUAAUUUUUGUUUCAAUAUGAUUGACUUUUUGUGAAACUUUAAUUCUUCGUACCUUUCUCAUUAACCGUGAUCUUUCGGAAAGAUGACAUCUAGGCAAAUCAUAUUUGCUACAGUUUUAACAUAAUUAUAAAGUUGUGUGGUUUUUUUAAAUGUGGCUUGGUUUGGUUUGUUUAAAACAAUGCCGUCUGUUCUUCUUUGGAGAGAACAUCUGUGCUGCAAAGCCUGUAGGUCUGUGCAAGAGAAGACUUGCAGUUUUCUAAUUUUGAGGAAUUUUUCCUAUUUGACUUAAUUUUUGAAGCACAAAGAUUUUUUUUUUAUUGCCACCCCCAUCCUCAGCUUGCUUCUCUUCAAAAAUACUUUCCCCCUGAAGUUUUGAAUGCUGAUUCUCUUUGCACCAGUAGGUUUAUUCUUUUAAGUGCAGUGAGAAAACCAUACCACAAACCAAGAAUAUUAAAAUAAGCAAAACUAUCUGACUACAGCUGCUUCUGGUAGCUGGUCACACUAUUAGUCACAGCUUCAUAUUUAAUGUAGUUUACAUAGGGAACACAGAGAUCUUUCAUAAGAAUCGCAAAGAACACAGGAAAUGUAAGAAGCGUGUAAUAUUUGUUUGCCCUAAUAAGAUACAGAUACAUGCUUGGUCUUUCUGAUAUACAUUUCUAAUAUCUGACUCGCUUUAAGUUCAUUAAUGUAAACAAUUAUAAUGUAAUUAUAUUAACUGUGUAUUUCAGAUCUUUAACACGGGCAGAGUUGGGUCCCACGUGAAGUUCAAGGUCUUUGUCAAAAUACAUUCAUUCUUCAUAGUGACAAUUGGGAACUAGCUGGUUUGCCUCAAGUUUUUGUAAGGUCAGAGUCCUGGGGUGUAUUUCUGCCUGGUUGUGUAUGGACAUACUGCUCAUUUGGGCCAAGAACCUGAUGGAGGGAAGUGCCAUAUUUUCUUGCAUACCAUACACCCCCAGAUAAGAUAUGCAUUUUAAGAAAACAACGUAGAAAAUAUUUUUCCAGUCAUGCUUAAGAGGUGACUGUAUGCAGGAGCUCACUCACAGUCAGUCAGAUCAUUGGCCGAGUAGCCAAAAGCCGCUGCUAAUUGAUAAGCAGUUGUGAGAGGGUUAACACUGGACUCUUCCACUUUUGUUUGCUGGCCCAGAGCAAAGUAGCAGCUAUUAUAGCACAGCAUCUCCAGUGAAGAACUGUUAGCUUCCCUAUUUAAGACAUGCACCUCAGCUUUGGAGGGCUAACUUUUAGAGAUACAUGAAGUACGCAGGUAAAUACUGUAUGCUAAACCAGGAACUGUUUUGUGAGAGAACAGGCAGAAUUCCAGUAAUUAGCAAGAGAACUUUCAGUUAUGUACACGCAGUCAACUGAUCUGGGAGAAUGCUCCCAGGUUUGUUCUCCCAGUAGGAAAACUUCUACAGGGUGCCCUGGGACAGACAUUUGAGCAGUAAGCCUGCAGUGAUGACACAGGCUGCCAGGGGACCCUAAAACAAGUACAGUAGUCAGGGCAGGAAGUGUGAAGUCUGUCCAGCAAGGGACAUGCAGGAGAGGGGGCUGCUAGGUCAAUGACAAGGAUGAGGUGUUAGCUGGGUCAGUAACAGGAUGUGGUGGUCGGCUGACUGAAAAAGCUGGUAAUAGAACACAUCCCCUUGUCUUGGGCUGGGUACCUGGACAGAUGUUUGGUCUUAUGAGGCAUAUUCUCCUGGGAGCCAUUGCACUCAGUUUGCUCCCAAUUUAUUUUUCUCCCAGAACGACCAUUUUUGCUCUGGGAGAAAAAAACAUUAAAAAUAAUUUAUACAUUUGUGCCUUCUCCUGGCAGAGCAGCAAAUCUCCCAGUGGAAACUGAACAUGUGUAUAUUGCCAUUGAAUGACCCAUUGCAGAAAUAUGAAGCAUCCCAGUGAUUGUGUCUUUAACUGCAAGGCAUGCAUUUCCUCUGUCAAAAUGUUUAUGGAUUCCAGAUUCCAGAUGUACAUGUGCUCAUGCAAGGUAUAUUUCAGUGCAUAAAGCACAGCUCAAAUUUUGCCUUCAAUUUCCAUUCACUUCACUAAGCAUCACCACACAUGUAACAUGUAACAUGACAAAAUGUAGUGUUAGUUACUAUAUUUCCAUAUAGAACAUGGCCUAACUACUUAGAACUAAAUUCUGCACAUUUUAUUAAUUUAUUAUAAAAAGAAAUUGUACUAUAUUAGGUACUCAGGUAGAUUUUAUGAACAGGAUAUUUUUUCUUCAAGGUAGUCACUUUUUUCUGCUUUAAUCUACAGAAGUAUCUUCUUGCUCUACAGUGUAUAUAUACCCCAGCUGCUUGUUCCUGACCACUCUUGUGGCAGAGUCAUGUGAUCAAAGUUCUUUAAAGAGUUAUCAUCAUCAGAAAUAUCAUUAACUACACCUCAAAGCAUGUGUGUGCUCUUAAAGAAAACUCCACAGACUGUAUCUAUUUCUUUGGGUAGCUAAGUUGCUGUUGGAAAAAAAGGGUUUUUGUUUUGUAACACCGCACUGGAACUAAGUUCUCUCUGCCAGCAUGAAGCCCAACAUGCUGCUACGGGGCCCAAUUCUGCAUAGAGCCCUCUUGGCAAAAACUCCUACUGACCUCAGGGGCUUUUGCCUUUUUGGGGGCCAAGAAAUCAGGAAAAUAUUGCAAGUUGAAACUAGAAGUUUUUAAUUUCUUUUGAAUUUGGAAAAAAGAAAAGGUUGACAUGUUAUCUCAUUUUAAAGGACACAUGUAGGAAACUGUUCAUAGCAAGUUGGCAUUAAAAUUUAAAAUUAUACAAUAAAUUGCUUACCUUGAUAUAUCGCCAAAAGCUUUCCAGCAGGCCUUUUGUCAGAAAAUCUGUCUGAAAUUGAGAAGUGCAAGCUUCUACCACUCUUAUUGAAGUAGCAAGUCUUAUUUUGGAUUUUUUUUUUUUUUUUUUUUUUUUUAACUAUUUUUAUAAAAAUUUUUAACUAUUUUUAUUUUACUGUAUUGUUCUGGUUGUAUACAGUUCUGACUGGUAUAAAAGUCAGCCCCAUAUUUCCAGGUUCUAUUUUCAGUGAAACCAACUCCUCCUUCCCAUAAGUUGAUAAACACGGAUAGUCUUUGAAUUGCUCUUGCCCAUUCAAAAUCCACAGGAGACUCGACCCAAGGACUCAAAAGGUUACAUGCACUAAGAAUACUAAAAUAAAAAGUAAACUGAAAAACUAAAUUCUAAAUUUCAUUUGGUACUUAUAUUGCAUGCACAAAUACUGCAAGCGAGUUAAACUUAUUUGGAGGGUUGAAUACAGGAGGAUUCCACAUACAAGUAAGAUGUGAAUAUUGUGAUUUGUGGUUCUUUUGGAGGAGAAAAGUUGGCAUAUAAUUAUGGAAGUGAAUCCAGGCAAGUGACAAAGGGAAGUGGGAGCAGUAACCAGUGCUGCAGGGGUAGCUGCACCCUCUGCUCUCAACCCCCAGCGGACCAACAGGAAGGCAAGAAGAGUUGGGCACGUCUUGCCAACUCUCCAAAGUCUCCAAAACAGGUAAGAAUCCCUUUUCCCUUCUCGUCCUUGCUCAGAGGCAUGUCCCUACCCCCACCUGCCACUGUUGCUCCAGUCAGACUGUGCAGGGGCUGGGCUUUGCCUGAGGCAGUGGCAGGUAGGCAGUAUCCCCCUCCCCAUACCUGCUCCUGGGCUGGUGGGGAACACCCAACAGGACCAGGUGGGGAGUGGGAACCUGCCUGUGGCCACCGCUGUCCUGGACUAACACCUUCACAGCCCAGCUGGAGUGGGAGAAGUAGUCCCCUUGUUGCAGCAGUGGUCUGGGGUGGUCGGGGGGGUGUUAAUGCCUUCUGUGUGGGUAUAGUUGGAAGGAAUAGGCAGGGAAGGAGAGGCCAUCCCCUCCAGUCUGCACAGCCACAGGAGCACAGAAACUGCUACCUCUAUUUCCAGGGCACAGUGAGGAGUGCAGCAAUAGGUGCACACUUCUGGGGUACUGGAAACUUCCAAGAGGCUUUCAGCUUCCCAGCACUCAUCUUGUGGGGUGCUGCUUGACAGUGCGUCUAGCACACAGCUAUAUCCAAUCUGCACAGCUUAGCCCUAAGUGAAUAAUAAAUUCCUUGUUUUAAAAAUUCCUUUGUUCUCAAACUAUGUCUCUUACCACAAAGAAGUUCAGAGAUCUGUAACAUCUUACUACAAAGGUCAAGGUUGUUGUUAUGUUCAGUAGAUAUGGUGGAAAACUAAGGUAAUAAUUAACUAGCAACCAUGUAAAACAAGCUUCCCAAUAACUAGUUCAGUUUGAAAUGUGUUAUUUAUUGCUUUAGGAUUAAAAGUACAUUUGUACUCUGCAUUUAACCACAGAAGUCCAGAUUUUAUGCCAUACUUCCCUCUCAAGAUUACCUUGAAAAUUUAAGGGGAAAAGAUUACCAACACCACACACUAGUAUCAGCAAAUUCACUCUAUAAAUGCAGUUUAAAAUAGCUUUAGUUGCCACUUUAUUUGCAAAAUGCUUUGCUGAGUGUUAAAUAAAGUUCAGCAAACUUUAUUUAAAAUAAUCAAAUGAUCUCAGUGAAAUCAAUUGGAACACUUGGAUUAAGUAUUUAUUCAACCCGAGGAACUGCACAAUCUUGCCCUCGAAGACCAGAGCUACACGUACCAUCUAAUCUUUCCUUUAUAUAGCAUUUUGCAUUGAAUUUAUGGUUCUAU